GUCAGACUUCACAUGAUUUCUUCCAACAGAAAUCCAGGCACACGCGGCCCCUCAUAUUCUCAUUUCUAGGCUAAACAACAAUCUCUAUAACCACCACACUCCUUCCAUCGACCCUCUCCCUCAUCUUGUUUACGUCGUCCUUGACUGAUCUCCGCCAUGGUUGUCGACACGGCAUAUUACGACGUGCUGGGCGUCAAACCUGACGCCUCAGAACUCGAGAUUAAAAAGGCUUAUCGGAAACUUGCAAUCACCACUCACCCUGACAAAAAUCCUGGCGAUGAGACGGCUCACGAACGAUUCCAGGCUGUCGGCGAAGCCUACCAAGUUCUCUCCAACAAAGACACAAGAGCAGCCUAUGAUAAAUAUGGCAAAGAACAAGCGAUGCCUCGAGAAGGCUUCGAAGAUCCUUCAGAAUUCUUCUCUAUGAUCUUUGGAGGCGACGCCUUUGUUGACAUCAUUGGUGAACUCUCACUUCUGAAAGAUCUGACACACACUAUGGAUAUCGCGUCUGAACAAAUGGAAGAGGAAGAGCUCGCCAAAGCUGCAGAAGAGAAACUCAAUGUCCACGAUGCCAAGGUAGACGAAGCAACGGCUGCCACGGCUGCCGGCCUCAGCGGCGCAGCGGCAGAGGAAUCUGGUCUAUCAGACAAGGAGAAGGAAGCAAGAGCUGAAGCAAGUGCAGAAUCAAGCACGCAACCACCACCUCCAUACGUGUCAGGUGAAGAUACACCAAGCUCCUCAUCCGCAAAGCCCGCCUCUGGCACAAGCACUCCACGAAGAUAUGCCGGCCAACAAGCGAUUAUGGACCGCUCUGAAGAAGACGCGCGUAUGGACGCCGCCGGUCUGACGCAAGAAGAGAAGGACCUACAAAAGAAGAAAAAGAAGGGCGGCCUGACCAAGGAGCAACGAGAAAAACUUGAAGCCUAUGAACGCGAACGACGAAAGCAACGUGAAGAAAGAGUCGAUACACUAGCCAAGAAACUCAUCGAUCGCGUGAGCGUGUGGACCGAGACCGAUAAGGGCGCCGACGUGACCCAUGCCUUCCAAGAAAAGACACGGUUGGAAGUUGAAAAUCUCAAGAUGGAGUCAUUUGGUAUUGAGAUUCUGCACUCGGUGGGCCAGACAUACCUACAAAAGGCCACAUCUUUCCUCAAAUCGCAGAAAUUCCUAGGCAUCUCUGGUUUCUUCUCGCGCCUCAAGGAUAAGGGAACGCUGGCCAAAGACACAUGGAACACAAUUUCAACUGCAAUCGAUGCUCAAUUGACCAUGGAGGAAAUGGCCAAGCUAGAAGAAAAAGGCGGUGCCGACUGGACAGAUGAGAAAAAGGCCGAGUACGAACGGAAAGUCACGGGCAAGAUCCUAGCUGCCGCCUGGCGAGGCUCGAGAUUCGAAAUCCAGGGCGUACUGCGCGAAGUGUGUGACAAGAUCCUGAACGAUAAGAACGUCAAAUUGGAGAAACGCGUGGAUCGUGCUCAUGCCCUUGUUCUCAUUGGUACCAUCUAUCAAAAGGCUGAACGAGACCCCGAUGAAGAAGGUGACUUCAUGGCCUUUGAACAACUCAUGGCCGAGUCUAUGAAGAAGCAAGAAAAGAAAAAGGAGAAAGAAAAGGACAAGGACACCGGGGCAUCAUCUCACCGUCAUCACUUUGGCCACGGUCGGGAGAAGGGAACGUCCACUCCACCUUCUUGAUCUAUGCAGAGGGUCUACUCGCCAGAAAAGGAAGAGCCUCAGCACCAGCUUUCUUCAGGCCUGCCUCGCUCGGUCUGCGGUAGCUGCUGAAAACAGCCUGCUGGCCUCGAGACAUCAAGGUCUGCCAACAGACCCAACGACUGCUGGGUGAUAGGAUGUAGAAUUGGCCAAUCCGGGAAUUCCAUGUCUUCCAACUCCAACCUCGAAUGACGACUUUUCUUCACGGCAAAAACGGGUCUCGAUUUCCGGACGAUUGCCAUCUGAUCCUCCAUUUACUCGUGGUAUUGUCCUCGACUGUUAGAAGAUUAUCACCCUUCUCGCGCCCCGACGUCUUUCAGGCCUUGCCUAGCUCGACCCAGUCUAAGCAAGCCUGGUCUCUCGUCAUCUAGAAGGACCAUUCUAUUCAUCCACCAACCUCUUCAUUAAGUCUGGUACUUAGCGAGACCAAUACCCAACCUUCCCUCACACCUCCCCAACAAUCAACCAUCAUUCAAAUCUGGGGAAGGACAUUUUAGAUGGAUACUGCUUGGACGCCGUGCAAGAAAUGAUACCAAUGGAAAUUCAUGUUGUCUUUAUGUUUUCAUUAUUGUAAUGCGCUUCUGUAAAGCCCUACCGCUACCCAAGCAUCAGAUGAAAUGGCAGGGUAGGCACAUAUGCCAUCUCGCAUUGUCUUCUCGCUUCAGGAUCAUCCUACCCAACUCCCUGUGUAUGAAUGCAGAUGAUCGUCAUCAUUCACAUUAAACCAUACCCCAAUAUGUCCUGUAUUAUUCGCAGAUG